UACAAGCAGACUUUUAAAAACGUAACUGGUAUUCAUAGUAGUUAAUCGAUUCCGAAUCAUAGAUAAGUUGAUGGUUCAAACUGUCAUUUGUUAAAAAUUGUUAUUAUAAUUUUCAUUUGAAUCAAAAGUUUAGUGUUAACAGUGUUAGUUAUAACUUAUAUCUAUUAUUCGUACAAGUUUUCCACUAAUCUCCUUUUGAAUUGUAUAAUGAUGGCCUUGGCUUUGUCCUAGUCAUCACAGUUCAAGGCUGAUAAACAUAUAUACAUAAUAAUAUGUAAUAUUUACCUAUUAGUUAGUUAUAGAUCGUGGUAAGUCGAAAUUUUCUUAUUUUACGUCGUAAUAUUUGGUCUCUAAAUGGAUAAAGAGUGCGUUUUAAUAGAUAGACUAGGAUCUCCUUUGACUAAAAGAGAUCGCUUAGUUACUUUUUUCAAGAAACAAGUAUACGUUGAUUGUACGUUUAAAAUUGACGGCAUCGAAAUUAAGGCACAUAAGUUGAUACUAGCAAGCAGUAGUCCGGUAUUUGAAAAAAUGUUUUACGGUGAUAUGGCCCAGGACGUGAUAGAAAUAUGUGAUAUUAGUGUCGACGAAUUUAACCAAAUGCUCGAUUACGUUUAUACGGAACGUCUCGAUAUUUAUUCAGUAUUAAACGCUUGGAAUUUAUUUUAUAUAGCGAAUAAGUAUCUAUUGGAGGAUUUAAUUUGUGUUUGUCUGGAAUUUAUUAGGAAUAAUUUGACUAUGAAUAGUGUAGUUCUUAGUUAUGAAUACGCUGAUAUGUACGAACUAUUCGAUAUUAGAAAAAAAUGUUUUGAAGAUAUGGUUAAUUACGUAAACGGUGUUUUUUAUUGUGAUUAUCAUGUAAAAUCGUCCACUUUGCGUCGUAUUUUAGACCGAAUUUCAUCACCUUCGUUCGAUUUGUUAAUUAGAGUUAUACAGUGGGGUGUAGUUGAAUGUGAACUUCGUCAUAAACAAAUUCUAUCUAAUAACGUCGUAAAUAUACUCAAGGAAGAAAAUAUCGUUAAUUAUUUUAAUAAAGAUUGUUAUGAUAUAAAAAAUUUUCCACAAAAAAACGAUGAUUUAGUAAAACAAACGUUGGAAUUACUCUAUGACGUAUUAGAAUGGUCCGAGCAGCCCUACGACCUGUCAAAAACAUCUAAUUUCGCCCCGAAAUUCUGUCGUUUUAGGAAAGAAUUCAAAAUAGCUUGUAGAGUGGAUUUACUACCAAACGAAGAAUUUUCUUCAGGUUUUAUAGUUAACCGAAGCAUGUUUUUGUUCGGUAUAUCAAUUGCCACCCCAAUGGAACCCCCGAACGUACCUAAAAAACCCUUUUACGAAGGGGUGAUUACCGUUCGGAUAUGCUUAUGUGAUAAUAACAUUCAAAUAGUGGAACCAAUGAGAUUUAAUGUUUCGAUACCGUACAGUUCGAUGAAUUAUUAUUUAAAUUUUUAUAAUUUAGCUGUGCUGGAACCGAAAAAUUUGUAUUAUUUCAAAAUUUCGUUUAGUAGCCCGAACGUCAAGGGCUCCACCCCUUUACACUGUUAUUAUAUGAGUAAUAAACUUUUGUGUGAAAACAAAGAAGCGUCCGUGACGUUUUUCGAAGUUAAUGGAACUUUUAUUAAGGGCGUCUCUUUUUACCCCGCUUAAUUUUAAUAAUUUCUAACCUAAUUUGUUCACAAUUUCAUUUUGUUCCUAUAAAAUAAUUUAAUAACGUGAUUUUUCUGUUUUUAUGAUUUUUUUUUUUUCGAAUUUAUCAAGAUCUGGAUUAUUUUAAAUAAUUCUUGUCUAUAUUGGAAAAAUAUUUUGAUUUGUAUGUAUUUUUUUUGCGUUAUCUACGAAUUUUGAAUGCUGUUUUUCCAAAAUCGAACUCGAAUUUCUUUGAAAACAGUGUAUAAGAAUCUUUGUUAAAGCUGUAAUAAGUUUUGCUACACCCAGUAUGAAAAACUAUCAAUAAAAUUUUUCUUCA